AUGCAGUUCUCUCUCUCCGCUAUUGUUCUCGGCCUUGCUGCCACUGUCUAUGCCCUUCCUCCUGGGUCUCCCGUCGCCGGUGGCAUCGGUAACGCCAAUGGUGUCGGCAACAAGGGAAACACCGACGUUCGCUUCAAGGUUCCCGACAGCAUGACUGUCGAGCAGGCCCAGGCCAAGUGUGGUGACCAGGCCCAGCUCUCUUGCUGCAACAAGGCCACCUACGCCGGUGACACCACCGACGUCAACUCUGGCAUCCUCAGCGGCCUCCUCUCCAACCUUAUCGGUGCUGGCUCUGGCGCUGAUGGCGUUGGUAUCUUCAACCAGUGCUCCGAGCUUAACCUUGAGGUUGCUGUCCUCAUUGGUAUUCCCAUCCAAAACAUUCUGAACCAGAAGUGCAAGCAGAACAUCGCCUGCUGCGCCAACUCCCCUAUGAGCGCCAGCAACGAUCUCCUCGGUGCUGGUCUUCCUUGCGUUGCCCUUGGUUCCCUACUAUAA